AUGGCUGGGGCGCCGGGCGAUCCCCUCCCGGGCGCGGCGUUCAGGGCGCUCCGGCCCAAGCUCGACGGAGGGCUCGGCGAGGCUUCCGCGCCAUGCAGGGAGCCGGAGCCGGGGCUUGUGGCCGCCGCCGCCGCCGCCGCGUCCUCGUCGUUUGGGAACUUGGCAGCCCGGCCGCAGGUGCUGAAACCUGGCCCCAACCUUUGUGACCCAGCCCUGUCGGCCCCUUAUUCUGGGCUGCUGCCAGGACAGGUGGUGGAUUUCCUGAUGGAGCCUGACGGGUCACUGCCUCCUGAGCCGGGCGAGCUGGAGCACCUGCGGGCGUCAGAGCUGCAGGGCCGGGCUGAAUUGCUCGGAACUGCCGCGUCCGCGGAUGGCCGCUGGGCUCUGCUUCGGCAGCUCAGGCCGCCCACCUCAAAUGUGUGCUUCCUGAAAGAGACCAGCCCACUCUUUUCUUGUGGCACUUCCAGAGAAGUUUGGGAUGCAGAGUUCCGCUCUCAGGUGCUGCCCCUGGUCAGCGGUCCUGGCUGGUGCCCGGCAUCCUCCCUCCCGUCUCCCUGGAGCAGCGCCCUCUCCGAUUUUGUGGAGAGGGUGCUGCGAGAGCCUUUGGGGGACGCCUGCGUGGCAGGGAAGUGUGCUUGUCCCGGUGGAAAACGGAGGCUGGCAUUGCAGCAAGGCCGGCCUGACACUGUCCGCCAGGCCUGCCGCUUCAGCCUGAGGCCAGAUGGUCAGCAGGCGGAGCUCGUACCUGGCCUUUCAGUCACCGGGCGCUUGCUCAUGCUCCCCACGGCCCCCCGGCCCUGGUCAAGCGCGUCUCUGGACCAAACCAACCGUGCGUUCCUGUCACAUGACCUGCCCUUGCCCGGCAACACGCUGUCACCAAAUGUCACCCUGGAACUGCUAGCAUGUCGAGGCAUCUCCAAAUCUUUGGGCACCACUCAAGGCAUAAACUCCUGGAAAGAGAAAAUGGCGCAGAGGAGCCCUCUCUUCCAGACGCUCGGCCCGACUGAAAGGCGGAUCCAGAAUAUCCCCCUGCACAGCCAGGCUCUGACAGCCGUGCCCCUCGGCUCGGCCCGCCUCAUGGACCAGCUGGAGGACCGCAUCCUCAGCCACGAGAAGACCACCGCGGCGCUGGUGGAGCACGCCUUCCGCAUCAAGGAGGACAUCGUCUGCACACUGCGCAGGAUGCAGAACAAGGGCGGCGGGGACCGGCUGGCCCGGCAGCUGCUGGAGGAGCACAUCCGCAACAUCACCGCCAUCGUCCGGCAGCUGAACCGCGACAUCGAGGUUCUCCAGGAACAAAUUCGUGUCCGGGAUAACCUCAGCUAUGGGACGAAUUCGACACUGAAGAGCCUGGAGCUGCGCCAGCUCUCUGGCCUGGGCGACCUCCGGGGCCGCGUGGCAAGGUGUGACGCUGGAUUGGCCAGACUAUCUGCUGAGCACAAGGUGACCUACGAAAGGCUUCAGAACCUGAGCAAAGAUCACCAGACCACUAAACUGAUCCUGGAAUCUAAAAUCAAAGAAGCAGAAAUACAGAUCUCCCACCUGUUAAGCAGGAUAGAGCAGUCCAUCAUGCAGCAGGAGGCCAAGCUGAAGCUCACCUACAAGGAGAGCAACCAACAGCUCCACCUGCUGGACACGAAACUGCAGGACGUCAUCGAUUACCUCAGCAACCAGAUCGCGUCCACGCGGACCUGGAUGGAGGAGGAGCACAAGCGCUUUGAGAAGGAGUUUCUGGAGAAGAUCGAGCAGCUGUCCUUGGCCAUCAAGGAAAAGAGCGAAAUGGACAGCAGAGCCUUGGAGGUGCAGUUCCGAGAGGUCCAGGGGAAGCUGGAUAAGAUGGAAGACACCCGCAAGAUCGCUGUGGAGGAGCCGGGGGCAAAAGGGGCUGAAGGCGGGGUCAGCGUCCAGCUCAGCAAGAUUCAGAUGGAUAUCAAUGCGGACAUAAAGGAAGUGAAAGCCGAGGUGAACGCUGGGUUUGCGACCAUCUACGAGAGCAUCGGCUCGCUGCGGCAGGUUCUGGAAGCCAAAAUGAAACUGGACAAGGAGGAGCUGCAGAAGCAAAUCCAGCAGAUGAAGUAG